ACGCUUUCAGACAUGGGGAACUCCACAGGCUGCACCGUGGACGAUCUACAGGCCGUCGAGAUGCACCUCUGGUACAAGAAGUUCAUGACCGAGUGUCCUUCGGGUCAGUUAACGCUCCACGAGUUCAAGCAGUUCUUUGGGCUCCGAGGUCUCGAUUCAGAGGCCAAUGCUUACAUCGAACAGAUGUUCCGCACCUUCGAUAUGAACAAGGAUGGUUAUAUAGACUUCAUGGAGUAUGUAGCAGCACUGAGUCUCGUAAUGAGAGGAAAAAUGGAGCACAAACUGCGCUGGUACUUCAGACUUUAUGAUGUGGAUGGCAACGGCUGCAUAGACCGACAUGAGCUGCUCAAUAUCAUAAAGGCUAUCCGUGCCAUUAACGGCAGCGAUUCUCAGGAAGUGAGCGCGGAAGACUUCACCAACCGCGUGUUUGAGAGGAUCGAUGUGAACGGAGACGGCGAGCUGUCUCUGGAGGAGUUUGUCGAAGGAGCGCGCCGAGACGAAGAGUUCAUGGAGGUGAUGAUGAAGAGUUUGGACCUCAGUCACAUUGUGGCCAUGAUCCACAACCGCAGGAACAGCGUGUAA